AGAGAGCAAUCAGCUCCAGCUGGAGAUGGAGCAGUUUGUAGUUAGGAGGCAGAAUGAAGCACAGAGGAGCUCACUUCUAGGAAGGGUCAGAGAACUAAAGGAUCUCUCCUGUUGCCUGGAGAAAGACUAAAGGUCUGGCUUGCUUAUUUGUAUUAUGAGGGCUGACUGGAGGACACCCAGGGAAGCAAAGUCAACCGGUAAAGUUGCAGGCUGCAGCGGCGGCGGCGGGGAGAGGAGGAGCAGGUGGAGAGUGAGAGACUGCAGUGGAGCUGCCCUCGAGACAUGGCGGAACGAGGCCUCUGAUUAAGCAAAAAUCCCCCCCCUCCCCUCCUCCCUCCCCCUUCCUGCCAGCCCGCGAUGCUGGGCGGUUGCUGAGCGCCAAGGAGAAGGCGAGGAGCGGGCAGAGGACAAAUGCUGCAGCCGCCUGGGCUCUGAUUCCUGCCCCUUCUCCUCCAUGUCGCAUCUCCCUCCCGCCCCCCGCGGCGUGUAGCUGCUGCUGCCGCCCGGAGCCGGUGCCCCGCAUCCAGCCAGCCCUGCUCCCCGGCCCCCGCCAGGGCUAUGGCCGCAGAAGAGGUGCUGCACAGCGUGGAUCACUAUAAGAGCGAGAUCGAGAGGCUGACCAAGGAGCUCACGGAAACCACCCACGAGAAGAUCCAGGCCGCCGAGUACGGGCUGGUGGUGCUGGAAGAGAAACUCACCCUGAAGCAGCAGUAUGACGAGCUGGAGGCUGAAUACGAUGGCCUCAAGCAGGAGCUGGAGCAGCUGAAGGAGGCAUUUGGACAAUCAUUUUCAAUCCACCGCAAAGUGGCCGAAGAUGGUGAAACACGUGAAGAGACUCUCUUGCAGGAAUCUGCAUCUAAGGAAGCCUAUUACCUAGGGAAGAUCUUGGAGAUGCAGAAUGAGCUAAAACAGAGCAGAGCUGUGGUUACCAAUGUUCAGGCAGAGAAUGAGAGGCUUACAGCUAUUGUCCAGGACCUGAAAGAGAAUAAUGAAAUGGUGGAGCUGCAGAGAAUACGGAUGAAAGAUGAAAUCCGAGAAUAUAAGUUUCGAGAGUCAAGACUUCUUCAAGAUUACACAGAGCUUGAAGAAGAAAAUAUCACUUUGCAAAAACUGGUGUCCACACUGAAACAGAAUCAAGUUGAAUAUGAAGGCUUAAAGCAUGAGAUUAAACGAUUUGAGGAGGAGACAGUAUUGCUAAAUAGCCAGCUAGAAGAUGCCAUCAGAUUGAAGGAGAUUGCUGAACAUCAGUUGGAGGAAGCCCUGGAGACUUUAAAAAAUGAGAGGGAGCAAAAGAACAAUCUGAGGAAGGAACUCUCCCAGUAUAUCAACAUAAAUGAUAGUGUGUACAAUAAUCACAUUAAUAUAUCAGUAGAUGGAUUAAAGUUUGGAGAGGAUGGGAGUGAACCUAAUAAUGAUGACAAAAUGAAUGGGCACAUUCAUGGGCCUCUUGUGAAGGUAAAUGGAGAUUACCGGACUCCCACAGUUAGGAAAGGAGAAUCUCUGCACCCAGUCUCUGACCUCUUCAGUGAGCUCAACAUAUCAGAAAUACAGAAACUGAAGCAGCAACUCAUGCAGGUGGAGAGAGAAAAAGCUAUUCUCUUGGCCAAUCUUCAGGAAUCCCAGACACAGCUGGAACACACAAAAGGAGCACUGACAGAGCAACAUGAGCGAGUCCACAGACUCACAGAGCAUGUUAAUGCCAUGAGAGGGCUGCAGAGCAACAAGGAACUGAAGGCAGAGCUAGAUUUUGAGAAGGCCCGGGACUCUGGGGAGGAAACACAUGACUACGAAGUAGACAUCAAUGGCUUAGAGAUUCUCGAGUGUAAAUACAAGGUUGCCGUGACAGAGGUGAUUGACCUUAAAGCUGAAAUCAAAGCCUUAAAGGAGAAAUACAAUAAGUAUGUAGAGAACUACACUGAAGAAAAGACAAAGUACGAGAGCAGAAUCCAGAUGUAUGAUGAGCAGGUGACAAACCUCGAGAAAUCAACUAAGGAAAGCCAUGAGAAAAUGGUUCACAUGGAAAAAGACUUGCAAAGGAUGACAAGCAUAGCAAAUGAAAACCAUAAUACCCUCAACACUGCCCAGGAUGAGUUGGUAACCUUUAGUGAGGAGUUGGCUCAGCUCUAUCAUCAUGUUUGUCUGUGUAACAAUGAAACACCAAACAGGGUUAUGCUGGACUAUUACAGGCAAAGUAGAGUUACCCGUAGUGGGAGUCUGAAGGGACCUGAUGAUCCCAGGGGGCUUCUCUCUCCUCGGCUUGCCAGAAGAGGGGUGGCAUCCCCAGUAGAAGCCAGGACCCCAACUGAGCAGGUUUCAAAAGAAGGCACAGAAGUCGGUAAAGAACAAAGCCCAACAAAGACACCUACCAUUUCUCCUAUCAUCACGGCCCCUCCUUCAUCUCCAGUCUCUGAUACCAGUGACAUUCGCAAAGAGCCAAUGAAUAUCUACAACCUAAAUGCUAUAAUAAGGGACCAAAUCAAGCACUUGCAGAAGGCUGUUGAUCGGUCAGUGCAGCUGUCACGCCAGCGCGCAGCAGCACGUGAGCUGGCACCCAUGAUUGAUAAGGACAAGGAAGCCUUAAUGGAAGAGAUCCUGAAACUGAAGUCACUGUUGAGUACCAAAAGGGAGCAGAUAGCAACCCUGAGGGCAGUGCUGAAAGCCAACAAGCAGACCGCUGAAGUGGCAUUAGCCAAUUUGAAGAACAAAUAUGAGAAUGAAAAAGCAAUGGUGACUGAAACAAUGACCAAACUGCGAAAUGAGUUAAAGGCUUUGAAAGAAGAUGCAGCAACCUUCUCAUCCUUGAGAGCAAUGUUUGCCACCAGAUGCGAUGAGUAUGUCACACAGUUGGAUGAGAUGCAAAGGCAGCUGGCAGCUGCUGAGGAUGAGAAGAAGACCCUAAAUUCUCUGUUGCGGAUGGCUAUCCAGCAAAAACUUGCCCUGACCCAGCGACUGGAGGAUUUAGAGUUCGAUCACGAGCAGUCCCGACGCAGCAAAGGCAAGCUUGGAAAGAGCAAGAUCGGCAGCCCUAAAGUAAGUGAGGAGGCAUCAGCCACCGUGCCAACCAUAGACACUUUCCUCCUGCAUAGUCAGGGCCCACAGCAACCAAACUUACUGGUCAGCAGUGGCACUCAGAGGAAAAGACUAUUCUCACCUUCCCUUUGUGAUCAGAGUCAUCCCAGGACUUCAGGGACCUACCUACAGCAUUUAUUAAGAGUCCCCCUUCAUCCCGCCUCCACAGAAUCAUUUCUUCUGAGGGGCCCCCCUUCCAUGAGUGAAUUCAUCCAUGGGCACCGUCUCAGCAAGGAAAAAAGGUUAACCGUGGCCAUACCAGUCCUAAUGCUCUUCUGGAAGAGCAGCCACAUUCCAGCUCUCAGUGUGCCCCUCUCAACUGUCUCUCUAAGCCUCCUCCUUAUUCCUAAUCUUCAUAUGCAACGUAAGAAUAAAAAAAAACAAACAGAAUGGAAUUCAUGCAACAAUGAUACAGGUUGCUCCCAAACGGGUCUGACAGACAAUCCUGCCUUGUUGCUGCAUUGACAAGUCUGGAUUCAUAUCCGCAGUUUUGGCAACUGAGGGAAGGUUGAGAAGAAGAACACAAAGCACAGAGCCCAUCCUGUCAAGAAGACUUUUUAUGGUUCCUCUGAUUGUAUUCAAACUUUGCUAUUUGACUGAAGUUUAGCAAAAUGUAACAUCUUGAGAAAAUGUUCCUCCCAGCUGCUUGGCUUUAACCUCUGGAAUCCUGAGAGACAUAAGCCAAUAUUAAAAAAAAAUUAAUGUUACAAAAUCCUAUCUAUACAUCCCCCAAGUUCAGCCAUAAGAACUGGUUUAGAUUUUCUUUUGUGUUCUUAAGAGUAUGAUAUUUAUUUUUCACUUUAUUUGCACCAUAAUUCUGUGUUUAUAAAAUGCAGUCCUUUUUGUGAGAGUUGUAUUUAAUUCCUUUCAUUUUUUUUAAAUGAGCAGUAAUAGCUUAAGAAUGGCUGAGUUAAUAUUAUGAACAAUUGAGGUUUCUGAUCUUGACCAGAGAGUCUGGCCUUUUUUAUUGCACAAAAAUGUUGAUGAUGGGGUGAAUUGGAAUGUUAACAAGAACUUUGUAUUUUGCUGCUGCACUGAUAUAGUUUAUGUACUUGUCUUCUAAUUUCUAUCACAAUAGCUGCUGGUUUUAUUCUAGUUCUUCACUGGAAGCUAAUUAUUAAACCUACGGAGGCAUUUAUUUUUGUUCACCUGCACGCUUGCAUUGUAAGUAUAUUUUUGCAUUUCAGGCAAGUAGAUGAAUUGGUGCUGUUUUUUGGGGGGGGUGGUCUAUUUGGUACUUGAGAAAGAUAAGGUGAAAGAACUUGAAUUAAAAUGUUGUGUGCUAAUUAAAAUGCCCAAGUUGUUUUCUUCCUUCCAGCUCCCAAAUUCAGGAUGCUAGCUUGAGGCCUUACUUGUAAAGGAAUAGCGUGAAUGGUGGGGUUAUAAAGAUUUAGCGUGGACUAUUCUGUGGUGAAAUAUCUCCUGCAGGUAGGGUUGAUGGCUUGGAUCAAAGGUGGUAGGAUUUUGCUGUAGUGUAUUUUUUUCCUUGCCAAAAAUCAACAGACACAGAACCUUGGCUCAUUGUCAGUUCUGACAAAUACUCAGGUGAUCUACAGUACACACAGAUUCUAUUGCAACAGUGCACAGUGUUCCUAGUUAAGGAUUCUUUCCUGUAGAAGAUGAAUCAAGCUGGUUUUCCGAGUUGUGGAUUUUCGUAGCUAAGUGAAGGAUAGCUGAAUUUAUUUUGCACAGAACCUGACAGCAAGACAAGUAGCUAAGUAAAAUGUUGCCUUUUAGCAUCUUUGGGCUUCCCAUUUGGUUUCCAAAUGAAAAAAAAUGCAAGUACAGCCCACUCAUUGCUAAUUAGCAUACUACUUGCUCUUGGUCAGGUGGCCUUAAUUUAUUUAAAGGAGAAAGGCUUUGACAUUUCCAUGUCUCCUCGUCUGUUCCUUCUCUUCAGUAUAAAUAUAGUCUACAGGACAAAACCAUGAUAUAGCUUAUGUUAUGCAGCUGUUGAGAAAAAAAUUGCUGCUGAUAGAGUUGGAAAAAUUCAGCAUAUUCUGCCUGAGUGUGAGACAAACGAGCGGUCUUCUCGUAUUAAUGAUGCUUACCAAAUGUUAUAAUAUACAGUAUGCAGCAGAGGACAGAAUCAAUGACCAAUCAGUGUGCCUAACAAUCAUCAUUACCAUAGUACCAGUAAUGAAGGUGCUGUAAAUAGAAGUAUUCUAUGUAAUCAACAAUGUAUAUUAUGUAACCCUGGCAGAACAUUUGAGCUGUUGUAUCAAAAUGUUCAGUCUCAGAGGUGGAGAAAAUAGAAAUAAAUUGGUGUAAAAUUCUGAUCGUACCAACCUGACAACUCUUUGCAGUGUUUUUAUAUAAGUUUCUAUGCUGUUCAUAUGAUCCUCCUUAUAUAUCAUUCACAUAACUAUUUAGUCCCCUACUUAACCUACAUGUUGUCUUGUUUCAAGAAAACCAGAUAAGACUUAUUUAACAUUUUACUGUUUUGGCACUGGAGAUUACAUGCUAUGUAGAUUUUUAUUAAAGAACUGUUUUGCCUAGGGCAAGUGUAGCCUUUAAGCACCUCAGAAUAACUGACCUUGUUAAGUGGUACGUUGCUAUUCCACAAUGAUAGUGUCUAUGUUCAGCAAAGACAGCUGCUGUAUAUCAGUUCAGCGAGAAAAGGAUUAGCAUUGCCACACUGAAUACAGUUGCUGCAAGCUUUACUUUGAAUAUUAUCUCCUUUUUUCAUGUCCAAACUAAAUAUCCAAAUUAAACAUCUGUUGAAACUUACAAAAAGUAUCUCUUCUUCACUAAUUUAAAAAUGAAUUGAAAAAACCUCACAGGAAGUACAUUAUUUAUUUCAAUGUAGAUAUGAAUCUGUGGGGGGAAAUGCCUAUUCUGAAGUCUUCAUCCAAGAGUGUGUUCAUUUUUUAAUUGUGAAUUGCGAAGUAACUUUGGGAACUCUGAAAUACAGCACUGGUAUGCUUGUUUGGGCCAUGAGUAAUAGAACAGCUUUCAGUGAAUUAGAGGUUAUGGUCAUCUUUUAUAGAAAUAAGUGAGUUUUUAAAAUUUUGAUUCUAUUGUUAAGCUUGACAUUAAUUUUUAAUUUCUAAUUUCUUGAUUUCUAAUUUUUUAUAUAUAAUAAACAGAAGUAAGUGACAAUUUAAGAGAACUAGGAAAGAACCAACUUAAAUGUAAAAAUGACUGUAGUUAUUAUUGCAUUGUAAGUAAUAAAGCUUUGUGGGCCUCAGAGAAGUCUUGCAGCUUUUGUCAGUUAACCAGUUAAAAAAGAAAAUUCAGAUAACAGAAAGCCUUCUGGGUGAGACGGUAAUCAGCAACACGCAGUUUUGUAAGAUGUCUAAUAGGAGGCGUUUCUGUACACAAGCAAAAACACAGGUGUCUGUGGAUGUUGGCAAAAUAUUGUCUAUUGCCAUUUAUAAACAUAUUCCUUCAGAUAUGUUUUCUUUUGUCCUUACUCCAACAUACAAAAAGAACAAUGAAUACAUUUUUUUUGCAAAGUUUGGGUAUACUUAAAAAUGCCCAUGUGUAUCCCACGCAACAACAAAGCACCUUGCCAAUCUUGCCCUGACAUUCACGUCUGAAACGCAGCUGCUGUUCACUAAGAGGGCCUCAGAAGUCUUUGGUUUUCAGGUAGCCUGUAUAAAACCUUGUGCAUGCCAGUUUUGCUCUUUUUUUCCAGACCUCAAGAGAGGUUUUUUUCCUGGUAGAAACAAAUGAUCUCUUGUGAUUGGCAAUGCACAGAAGAUAAGCAAAUGAAUAGUAUAAUUCAAAUAAAAAUAUAAAGGGAGAAAAAGAUAAAUAAAUACAUGACAAAAAUUUGAAACUGGCUAGUGGGGAAGAAUAUAUUUUCUGCCAGUCGGUAGAUAAUUUGAGAUUUUUACAGAAUACAAAGGUAUUAAAAUUUCCUGGGUCAAAUCAUAUAAAAGGCUUUGCCUUCUAGAUAAAGGCAGCAGAAAGAUCCUUUCUGAUUGAUCUCUGACAGGUGUGCAUCUGUGCUAGUACCACCCAAGUUUUUUUCUCCCCAGUAAAUUAAUAUAGCUAUAUAGUAGGGUUAAUAGAAUGAAAUUAUAAUUAAGAUAAAGCUGAGAGUUUUAAUACCAAGAUGACUUUCAUUUUUUUCCUCUUUGAAAAUUAUGGUGUGGUUUUAACCAUUUGCCAUGUUUAUCUCUAAAUAAAAGAAUGAUUACAUCUUAAAAGAUGACAAAAACAUUGCCAGUAAAAGCUGCUGACCUAAAAUCAUAACGUUACUAGGGUUUGCAUACAGCUACUAGCAUCAUAAAGUCAAAUCCUGCUUACACUGGUUACAAUACAAGCAACAUUUAAGACCACCGUUGAUAACUCCUUUAAAACCUGACCCUGCAUCUCUGUAGUCAGGAGAGGUUUUGCCACUGACUCAGUGGAGCUGGUCUGGGGCCCAUAAUAAGGGUAUAGAUUAUACCAGUCCUUCAGAGGUCUGUUCCCUUUACCAGGUGAAAGAUGUGUACAUUUGUUGUGGUUGCUUUCUGUACUGCAGCAAUCUUUGACAAUGGCAAGCACUGAUGUUUUACAUUUGAAGCAUGAUCAUUGCUAUAGUCACCUCUUUAAAAAUGAUAGCCAUCAUUACACUUCAGUUUUGCUUCUGUUCGACAUGCAGUAUAUCUGAAGGGGAUAUACAGUAUUCAGAUUUCUUUUUUUUUUUUGCCAUUGAUGAAUGUUGGGGGUUUUUUCUUUAAGUGUCCUGUGAAAAAGAAACAAAAAAAGCAUUUAAUGGCCUUUAGCCUUAAGGCACUAAUGCAUCUAAAUAUGCAAUAUAAAAUGUUUGCAUGGGAUUCUUUUCAUAAUAUAGCUUUUCCAUAUCCAUGACAAUGAAGCUAGAAAAUUCUUAUUUCUUGUAUGAUGCUCUUACUCAUGCUAGAAAUGCAAGACAACUGUUAAAGGGAGUCUGUAACUUUCAUCCAGAGAUGCAUGACUCAAACCCUCAUUUCAUUUUAAUCUCUUUCCCAUGGAGUUCUUGAAAAUCUCCUCCAUUAAACCUAACAAUGGCAAUUGAGUGAUAAACUGAUGAGAGAUAAAGGAAAAUUCUCAUAUACUAUGACUGAAGUUAAUUUGCUGUCAGACUCUGGGGAGACAGGGUCUUGUGUUUCAAAAAGCAUCUUUCUUUGAAGGUGUUUGCUGUUCUGCUCAUACUUAUUUUGCUGUAAUAGGAACAGUAGAGGUUAUUGUAUAGUUUUUCUCAGCAUUAGUAAACUUGGUUAAGUAAUUAGGUUUUUAUUAAACCCUGUAUGAUUUUAAAGGUUGUUUGGAGAUUAAUGAACAAAAGUGGUUGAUGCUAGCUGACAUCAUUUAAUCAGAUAUGAAGGAGAAAUAAGAAUAAUCUAGCUUUUUUCUAUCCCCAGGUAUGGCUUUGUGCACCAUGCCAGUGGUUAAACUUAGUACAUCUUAUUACUUACCACCCUACUGAUUUCAAGCCCUAUGGUUUGACUGUUAAAGGGAUAAUUAACUUGAUCCUUUGUAAAAAAUUAAAAAAACAAAAAAUCUGAUGUUUUGUGACUUUUGUAAUCUACUGAAUGUUUCCAUCUGCAUGAUGAUCCAUAUCUAACAGUCCAUACCGAUUGCUGUGUUCCUUUCAAAACAGUUUUAACAUUGGUGAGAUUUGUGACAAACGCAAAUUUGUAUACUGUAUGUUUACUACUGUAAUAAUGCAGCUACUCCUGUGUUGAAUUUCAGUUAUGUUGUUACUACCUUCUUGGGGUUUAAAUAAUGGAAUGUUUCUAGAUGGUGAUGAAUACAGAAGUGUAUGUGCUCAUGGACUAAAAGACUAAACAUUGGAAACUCUUCUUUGCUACAUUUUGUUUAAAAAAGCAAAAAAUUGCGGAAGAAUUCUUGUUUCCAAAUAUGCAACAUUAUGUUUUCAAGAAGAAAUAAUUCCCAUGUAAACUCUUCCAUGUCUUAUACCUGUAGACAAUCCUAGGUGAAUGCCUUGUGAGGGAUUCAUACAGUUUGUGCUUGUACAUGUGUAGUAUGAUCAUGCAGUCAAAUGGUUGGGAAAAACUCUAGUGCUGAAGAAGUCAAUUAAAAGAAGACAAUAUACUGAUUCUUACAUCUUUAUGUUCCAAUUAAAAUUACAGUGUAAUGCAUAACUGUUCCAGUAAAUAAACUGGCUGUUUUUGGUCA